UGCUUUGUUAAAAUGGAAUCCAUCCAGCUGAACCCUGUUCCAGUAUCUAGGUGACAGAGUGUCGGAGGUGGUGAAGAAGAGAGUGGUAGAUAUGCUCUUCAGCUGGACGCUCUCUUAACCCGAUGAGGCUAAGAUCAGUGAAGCUUAUCAAAUGCUGAAGAAACAAGGUAUUGUCACUGUUGACCCUGAGGUUCCUCUGGAUAAGACACUGAUGCCGUCGCCCCCCUCCCGGCCCAAGAACCCUGUGUUUGAGAACGAGGAGAAGAGCAAGGAGCUUUACGGUGACUGUGACAAGUUGAGGGGGACUGUGUUCAAGCUGACCACAGAGAACGAGGACAAUGAUGGCAGCUUAGGUACCCAAAACCCCAUGAGGCCUGCCAUCUUAUUGGCCAAAUAAUCUAUAUACAGCGUGUGCAAAUGUAGUAAGAUUAGGGAGGUAAGGCAAUAAAUAGGCCAUAGUGGCAAAAAUAAUUACAAU